GUCACGUUGUACCAUGUGGUAGCGAGCUUCACCACUGCGAAUAUUUACAGCUGUGUCAAGUUCAAUUCACUUCAUUUGACAACUGACGGGGUGUUCAGGGUUUGCAUUAAAAUAGUUGGAUCCUCGCUAAUGUAUUAGAAAAUCGUCACUAUGGCAAAGUACGAGGAAGUGAAAGUUCGUGGAUAUGAUGAAUUUUGCAACGCUGUAUCUGAGAGGAAAGGGAAAGACAUAUUCGCCUAUUUCUCCGGUGAUAAAGAUGAUCAAGGAAAGAGCUGGUGCCCAGAUUGUGUAAAAGCCGAGCCUAUCGUUAGAGGGGAGAUGCCUUAUUUGCCUGAAGGUUCUGUCUUCAUUUACUGCCAAGUUGGAGAAAGACCCUACUGGAAGGACCCCAGCAAUGAAUUCAAGAAGACCUUGAAGCUGACUGGAGUGCCUACAUUGCUGCGAUAUGGAACACCCCAGAAGCUUGUGGAGGAGGAGUGCUUCAAACCCGACUUGGUGCGGAUGAUGUUCACGGAAGAUUAGACAACAUUGGCAUUUGAAUUCAUGUUAUCAUGUCUCUUAGUGAUUCAGUCAACUGCACUUACCUAUAUGAAACACUUUUUAUGCGCCGUUUAGAUGGAUCGAGUCCAUGUUUACUUUAUACCUGUAGUAUCAAGGGUAGGCAUUCUGCAUUGCAUAUGUGAAUGAACUGUAUUAAGAAUUCUGUUUUGUACUGUAAAAGAGUUUUUUGUGUGUGAUAUUGACCAUGAUAAAUAAACCAAGAGUAAAGUGUGCCUUAGCAGUGGCCUCCAUUUUACUUUGUGCAAAAAAGACGGUACGUUUAUGUACCAAAGCCUUCAAUAAAGCAUAACAAAACAA